AUCGCGCUAGCCGCUGGUGGCAUGGGGCUGCUUUCCGAAGGCACGCCGUUGAGCUGGCCUGAAACAAAAAAACUAGCUCCUCACGUUAGGAAACACGGCGUGCAGCAAUUUCUUAAUCAUUACCAAACUCUCAAAGACAGGACUGUCCACUGCCUAAAAUGGGGAGAUGAGAUUGAAUACACUGUGGUGAAGUUUGAUCAUGCAAAUCGGAAGGCACGGGUGAGCUUGCGUGGCUCCUCUCUUCUCACUAAGCUGCAAGAGGCUGAGGAGAAGAACCCUAAGGAGGUUCGAAGCCUGUGGCGCCCUGAGUAUGCAGAGUAUAUGGUGGAAGGCACUCCAGGUCAGCCCUAUGGUUGGCUGGUGCAGCACUUCAACAUCGUGGAACACAACAUGGCUUACAGGCGGCAGGAACUGCACAGCUUGCUAGAAAAAGAUGAGGUUGCUCUCUCUAUCACAUGUUUCCCACGGCUGGGCUGCUUGGAUUUCACCUUGCCAACAUCAAAAGCUACCCCAACCAGUGGUCCAUCUCGGUCACUUUUCUUUCCAUCAGCGGCAAUCACUCAGUGCCAUCCCCGCUUCUCCACGCUCACCACAAACAUACGUCAGCGCAGGGGCAGAAAAGUAGCCAUCAAUGUGCCUAUCUUCAAAGACUUGAAAACUCCGUCGCCAUUCAUUGAAGACUUCACUCCUUAUGGGGAUGAUGCUGACAAGUCCCACUCUGAGGGCGCUAAGCCUGACCACGUCUACAUGGACGCCAUGGGCUUUGGCAUGGGCUGUUCCUGCCUCCAGAUGACCUUCCAAGCUCGCACCGAGAGUGAGGCUAGGGUUCUCUACGACCACCUCACACCCAUUUGCCCCAUACUGCUGGCAUUGACAGCAGCAACACCCAUAUUCCGCGGCUACCUGACCGCCAUAGACUGCCGGUGGGACGUGAUCAGUGCGUCAGUUGACUGCCGUACUCGCGAAGAGAGCGGCGAGGUUCCUCUCUCAACGGAUCGCUUCGUUAUUCCUAAGAGCCGAUACUCUUCAGUAUCCUGCUACCUCAGCGCCUGCGGCACCAAGUACAACGACCUGCCCUUGGUGCAAGACCCCGACGUCUACUCAGAGCUCAUCGAGGCUGGCGUGGACGCGCCGCUAGCCCAGCACAUCGCUCACCUCUUCAUCCGCGACUCCAUUUCUCUUUUCUCUGAGAAAGUUGAUCAAGACGACACGAAGGAAAUGGACCAUUUUGAGAAUAUCCAGAGUACCAACUGGCAGAGCAUGCGUUUCAAGAUCCCUCCCCCUAAUUCUGACAUCGGAUGGCGGGUUGAGUUCCGUCCCUGCGAGGUGCAGAUCACCGACUUUGAGAACGCAGCGUAUGGAGUCUUCAUUGUCUUGCUCACACGAGCCAUACUCACCUUCAAGCUCAACAUGCUGGUGCCCUUGUCCAAGGUCGAUGAAAACAUGGAAAAAAGUCAGCGGCAAGAUGCCGUACUGACAGAGCGCUUCUGGUUCCGUCAGAAUAUCCUGUCAAGGGACUGUGACCAGGGAGACGACUCUACCCUCAUGACCAUCGAUGAGAUCAUCAACGGAAAGGAAGGAACUUUCGUGGGUCUGGUUGGCCUGGUUCGCAAGUACCUCAACUCUCUUGACCUGGACACGGAUACAGCGUGUACGGUGGGCCAGUACCUGAACCUGAUCCGCGAUCGCGCCUCUGGUAAAGCCAACACAGCAGCCGCAUGGAUCAGGAACUUCGUGCGUUCUCACCCUGAGUACAAGCAUGACAGCGUCGUGAGCGACUCAGUGUCGUACGACCUGCUGGUCGCGUGUCACGAGAUCAGCUGCGGCAAGCGCCAGUGCGUCGAGCUGUUGGGCGGAACUCCAAAGAGCCGCACGCAACAAGACAUUCCUCACGCUCUUCACAAAAUCCUUAGCAAAUCCAAGUGCCAGUAGACAACAAUUAUCCGAUGUAUCCUAUAGUAUUUUCGUCAAACUGUUCAAAAUAGUGAUUCAAUUCUCGCAGCCCGGUCUCUCGUUUUCGUUGACCUGCAUCAACAGAAGUUUUUGGGUCACAGAAAUUACGGAGAUUCGUGGGCUGCUAGCGCUCAUUUAUGUAUUUCUGUGUACUUAAUAGAAUCUGUGUGGAGAUGUUUUGACGUUCUUGCCAUAGCAUGCAUCAUGAAGUUACAUGUCUUGAAACUAUCACUCACUUCUUGACGGAGCGUAUCCAUUCCAAAAUGCGUAAUUAGCAAGACAACUAUACUCGUUCCUCUAACUACAUUACUUGUGAUUGAUACGUUGUAGUCUACGCAAUUACUCACAAAUUUAAUCAUUUCAUAAAGGACUGUCACAAUGUUUAUCGUAUACCGAGUAAUUUUAUUGUCGAAACUUUUGUGUCGUCGGGUUUUGCAUGUUGGGAUUAGCAGAGUAGAUUAGUAAGUCCAUGUGUAGAUGGAACUGACGUGAUGUUUUUCCUAAUUAACUGCCAGUGCUCGGUAAGAUAUUUAAUUCUUGGCUAAUUAAUCAUUCUAGUUCUGCUAAUAUACAAAUACGGACCAAUAUUUUUAAUUUCUAAAGGUUGAUAGUUGCUUCUCAUGUAAUGCUAAUUUUUCAUGUAUUCGGUUCUUCAAUAUUUUCUUGGCUGGGCCUAACUAGAAUAUCUUUCUUGUAAAGAAGGGCGUUCACUUCAUCGAACCACAUAUUGUGAAGUUACUUUGAAUUACUGCACAAUAUGGUAUCUCUGAGAGCCAUGAGAAAAAGCCAUGGUAAUAUGGUAUCUCUGAGAGCCAUAUCUCAGCCACGAGAAAAAGGAAAAUAUAAAACGCCCCCAUAUCGCAUUUUUAUUUAAAUGUAGAACAGCUAAAUAUGUGUAAGUUACCGACUUUUAUGGUGCUUAUUCCCAAACCAAGAAUUUGGGUCAGCCUCUGUGUAAUGCCUUGAAAGGCUAGUCGACCAACAUCAAAAUACAAGUUCUCUGAAAUCAAUUUUCUUGGUUAUCAUAAAACGAACUUGAUUGAUCACAUCUUUUAGGUUUACAAAUGCAGUUACACUGUCAUCAUUGGAGUUCUCGAUUGUGCACCAGCAUUAGUAGACAACAGACUCCUAUUCUUUGAACUAGUACAAUAAUGCCUAAAGAGAUUGUUAUACCUACAUAAUAUUAAAGCGAGACACAGCAAACUGAAUAAAUUAUAAGGCUAUGCUUGCUUCCUCAGCAUCAUUCCUUAGGAAAGGCUGUGUUGUCGCUUGUAGCAUUGUCUGCCAUUAAUUUUCACUUUGUGUUCAAAUUUGAGUGCCAUUUGUUUGAGAGGAACGUUGCAAUAAAUAUAAGUCUUGGUGCUUGAUUUAGCCGACAAUAGGAUUAGUUUUUACAUUUUUCUUAUCUAUUAGAACGUAGUAAAUGAGUUUCUGUGUCGAAUUAUGGGAUUGAAGUAGUUGCGAUUUCAUGUCUAAAUUUGCAAACCAUUUCUGUCUUUUUCUGACAAAGUUUAACGUUAUACAAUGAGGAGUGUAAAACUUUUCCUUUUUAUUAUGAAAUCAAUUGAGAAAUGCCUGACUUCUCUUGAUUAUUUUGAUCUACUGCAAUAUAUUGCCUGGAGCGCAGAUUACUUGUUCUUUCUAAAACGCAGACUCGUACUACUAUAAUAACUUGUUUUUUAGGUGGAUUGUGCUGGCUUUUUGGCUGGAACUUCACUUGGUGCAUAAUUUUAUUUAUUUAAUUUUCUGUCACACGAUCAAAAAAUUUCUGUAGCUGGUGCUGGGAUUGUUACUGGAUUUUGAGCGUCAUCAUUUCAAACAUGUUUAAAUUAUCAUUGAUGAAUAAACACACAUAUGUUGGAUUACUCAUUUGUUCUAUGUUGUGUUCACAUUUUUUAUAAAUCCUAAAAUGCGUAUGUUUAGCAAAUUUCACGCUUUAACAACUACCAUGUAGCUCGACAUAUAUUAGUUAUCUUCAUCAUGAGGAUGAAUUUCCAUAGUAAUCAGUUGUAAGGUGGUCUCUAGUAAUUGCAUUUGUUCCGAUCAUCUAUGGGAUAUUCAGAAUAUCACUUUUGUUUUAAUUUAGAGAGCGGCUGUAGCGUUAAUGAUAAAUGAUACUGUUGAUCAAAUCGCGUUCUGGUCAUGGAUGUACGAGGGCGGCUUCAAGAUCGCCUUUAUAUAUAUAUAUAAUUUCCUAAUUUCUUUGUAGUCAGUGACUCGCUUUCUGUCAUUUCUAAGUCUACUCGUAGCAUCUUCUCGCAUUAGCCAUACCCGAGAGGGUGAUUCCGCCGUCUUUCGCUCGCCAUGAGUUACCUUCUCCUGGGUCAUUGAUCAUAUCUAGAUGAUAGCCGGCAACGAAAUUGUGGAUGAGCUUUCGCGGAGUGCAGCUGCUGUGGAUGAACCAAAUUCCAAUAAAAUGUAACUCAUCGAGACCAUUACACAUCUUUUGCAGAAAUCUGUUAGAUGAGCAGUAGAUAAAGUGGACAUGCAUUGCUAGUAACAAACUUUGUAAAAUUGCUUCGAACCUUCACUUCGGCCGAGUGCCACCCAACGAAAGAGAGGUCUAUUUCAUAUUGCAUUAACUUUAGGUGCUCAAGUACGUUUUCUGUACUUAGUCCGCUUUCGGUGGAGCUGGAAGUUAAUUCCUCUUCACUUUCCAUCGAGAUGACACAUACAUGGGAUGUAUCAAAAACCUCCGCUACGUGAUGCCGGAAAGAAAUUUUACAGUUCAUAAAGAGGUAUGUGGAUCUGAAAAUUUUGAUAUGCCGAUUUUCAGCCUUCAAUGCUCAAAGUGACGUAUGGCGUAAUAUCUGAAACGCCACUCAAUUAUUAAAAAUCGCCUCAAAGUCGGGAAUCACCUGGAGACGAUGGCACAGGGUAAAUGAAAGUUUGAACUUCAGCGCAAAAGAAUCGCGAUUCUAUGAAGCUUAACUCCUACUUGCCAGGCUUCCAUUCAAUGUCGACGAAAAA